AUGGCGGGAGGGGGUCACCCUGAUGCGAGUAGGAUGGUGGGAGGGGGUCACCCUGAUGCGAGUAGGAUGGUGGGAGGGGAUCACCCUGAUGCGAGUAUGAUGGUGGGAGGGGGUCACCCUGAUGCGAGUAUGAUGGCGGGAGGGGGUCACCCGGCCCUGAUGCGAAAACGUUAUGAUGGGUCUGUCAAUUUCUACCGCAACUAUUCUGAGUAUGUUCAAGGAUUUGGUGACGUCAGCGGUGAAUACUGGUUGGGGUUAGAUAUCAUUCAUUUGCUGUCCAAAGGUGGGGUCGAGCUCCGAGUCGAUAUGGUGGAUUACGGCAACAUUCAACUCUAUGCACAUUAUGGUCAAUUCAGCAUUGGAAGCCCUAUCACAAAGUAUGACUACAUUCAGGCUAAUCUGUUUAUUACUUGUCCUUCUUUCCAAUGCAGUUACCAACUCGAUUUCGCAUCAUAUUCUGGUAAUGCAGGAGAAGCACUCUAUAUAGGCAAAAAUAGAGGCUUCUCGACCUAUGACAUGGACAAUGAUAAUUCAAACAGUAACUGUGCAAUUGUCUACCGAGGGGCUUGGUGGUAUGGCGAUUGUUACAGCUCAAAUUUAAAUGGCGUUUAUGGAAUUUACGAGGUUCCGGGGAUUGCAUGGAACUACAUGUAUGAAUCAAUAUUCAUGAAAUCUACAGAGAUGAAGUUGAGAGAAUCCUCUUAA